UAUUUCACGCUACCUGGUGACGAAUCAUUCGAGCUUAUUAAAGGCGGUAGGAAUCGCGCAGUGGAUAGUACGAAUGUGGCACAUUACAUAAAGUUAGUGUCACAUUGGGAACUGGUUGAGGGCGUUCGACGUGAGAUGGAAGCAGUACGACGUGGUUUCGAGUCAAUUAUCAGUACGGCCGAUCUUGUUUCGUUUACACCUGAUGAGCAACGCAAGUUCCUGCAGUUCGUGACUGGCUCACCGAAACUCCCGGUUGGCGGAUUUCGUUCACUGAAUCCACCCCUAACAGUUGUAAAGAAGUCAGGUUCGUAUGGGAAUGGCGAUGAGGAGUUGCCGUCCGCAAUGACCUGUUACAAUUAUUUGAAGAUACCAGCGUAUAGCAGUUAUGAGGUGUUCAAGCAACGUUUCGAUGUGGCGUUACGUUUCAUUUAUAGUUUUCAUUUGACUUGA